GUUGUCAAAGGAACCGACAAAUGAGGAGAAAGUGAUGCAAUUGGAUCAACUUGUGCAAGAGGACAAGGGGGCUGAGAAGGCAGAAGAACCUGAGAAGGGAAAGCCCGAGCCAGAGGAACAAGAGGAGGAGCCUGAGAGGGGAAAGCCUCCACCGGAAGAGCCUGCAGAAGAGAAGCCCCAGAAAGAGGAGCACGAACCCACUGCGCAGGAGAUGCCCCAAGAGGAUCAGCUUCCGAAGGAGGAGACCCAUCAGGAAGUGCCGCAAGCGGGUAAGGCGGAGACAGAGGAGUCCCAAAAAGAGGAGCACCACAAAGAGGACCCUGAAGACGAGCUCCCAGAAACCAAGACGACCGCGACCGCGACUCUUGACGAG